UCGUUUGAAUGUGUUAGUCGCAGUCUCUAAUCCGUAGUCAAUUACUGGUCCGAAAAAUCAAAAUUAUUGGUUAAAAUAAAUUUUCAGCCUUAGAUAGACCCUUUUGACUGAAACGUACAUACUUUAAUAGGAGCAUAGCAAUAAUGACAAAAACGGGGAGAAGAUGCCUGACUCCUAUAUUAAUAAAUUGUUAUAAUUACGCGAGCGAUGUCGCGCGCAACAGCUAGUGGAUAUAAAAAUAAAGAAAACAAUCUUGUUUAAUAAUGGAAUUUUCUAGUUGUACAAUAAUUUAAGCAUCAUAACACAGAAAGUGUUUUAUCUUUAAUAAGAUCUAUACUGAUAAGACUUCAAUAGCUAUUAAAUGUUUGUUAACGAUAGUAUUAAACAAAGAAAGUUAUAUCUAACCCAUCUACAAAAACGCACUCAAGCGGUAGGAUGGAUAAACUAAUCGAAGAGACGCCACCUGUUGUCGAGUAGUUGAACUAAAUUAAAGUGCUGACAUCUAUGUAAAUGAAUGAUUAUUAGAAGAGAAGAAAUGUUAGGUUUAUGAAAUAUGUUUGUUGUAUUAAUUCGUUAUAUUAAACUUUUAAAUUUUCUUACGAACGAAUUGUAGAAGUUAACUGCACCAGUUUAAGAGUUAUUUAUUACAUAAAUUAAAUAAGCUUCAAAGCAAAAUGGUGUGAAUGAACUGUCAAAUGUACCGUGAAGUUAGCUACUGUCUGGACUGCUUAAAUUGCAUUAGUGUGCGUCGGUGAACAGCUUUUGUAUGAACGUGUGCUGUCUGUGAAAACGGCUUUGAAGCUCCGAGUUCGUUUGUUCAACUUUAUUCAUCGUAUUCGUCGCCGCCGCUCGGCCGGUCGUGCUUCUUGCUUAUUGUUUACAUCCACAUUUUCACAACUUAACAUGCCUGUUUAACAUAAUUUAAACAAAAAAUGGACGUGUAUAACUUGAAAAACGAAUCCUACUAAUAAGUGUGACAAUUUUAUGUGAUGAAGUGCUGUAAAAUGUGCUCCAAGCGAUCGUUCUUGCUGGUUAUGCUCCUUCUAUCCGGUUUCGAACACAUUUUUGGAUCGGAAGAUGUGGCCCACCACUCAGCUCACAGAGUUCAUUAUCACAAGAGCAGCAGACGACAUCGAGCUAUUGCCGAUGGCGAGCUUCGCUUUGAACCCGAGCCGUAUAGCAAAAAGUUGAAAUUAAACAGUUCGGGAAAAAUACACUGCAAGGUUGCUGGAGGUGUUGCACCUACUGUACAAUGGUUUUUGAACGAGGCGGACCCUCUCCCAGAAGGAGUGUCCUCCUCAAACGGCACCCUCAUGGUGGCAGACGCGGAGAGGCGCCACUCAGGACAGUACACCUGCAAGGCGGUAGACGGUGAGAAGACCAUCACUUCCAAGAUUAAUCUUGAUGUUGUUGUGACCCCUCGCAUCCUGGAACCAGUAGCAGGGCAGCAGCUACACGUGACAGUAGGACAGACGGCUGUGCUCAACUGUGUCGCCAGUGGGGACCCUCCACCCACCACGCAUUGGGACAGAAACCUCACUAUACUGGGCAAGCAACAAGAAGGCGUAGAUACAGAAGAUAGUGUUAAUGCAACUUCUGCGAGGUUUCUUCUCAUGAACAACGGUACCCUCAUAAUCCGCAACGUGUCUGCCCCCGACGCGGACCAGUACGGCUGCACGGCCGGCAGCGCCGCCGGCCUCGACCGGAAUGAACUGCAGCUUAUUGUACAUCAAGAAGGAGAGCUCCCCCCUCAAGAGUCGAGUGGUGUGGCGGGCAAGGCGGUGGUGGUGUCCAUAUCCGUGGCGGGCGCCUACAUGGUGCUGGUGCUGGCGCUCAUGGUGUACUGCAGGAGGAGGAGGCUCCGGAGGCGACAGAGGGGUGAAAAGAUGGAGUUGGAGAUGACAGAAGGGCGGGAGAAGUUAGUAGAAGAGGGAGAAGAAGAAAAGCAGAAGGCAAACGGCUCCGCCAUACAGAACGGAAGAUUACUCGGGCAUGAGAAGGAUAGCGGAGCAGACAAUUCGGAAGUGUCGGGUAUUUCGCGCGCAUCUAAGAAGUCGGGACAAUACGAGCAUUUGUCUAUACCACGGACUCUGCUUACUGAACAAAUUACUAUGGGUCGCGGUGAAUUUGGCGAGGUACUCCUAGCUAAGAUCGACAUGACUCAAGUGAACAAGCUUCGCAACAAGGACGAUGGCGAGACGGAGCCCAAGCUACGGCCAGUGCUGGUGAAGGCACUCACUACUAAAGAUGAGAUCCAUCUAGCGGAGUUCCGUCGUCAACUAGACUUGUUCAGUCGCGUGCGUCACGAGAACAUCGUGCGUCUGCUCGGACUCUGUAACGAGGCCGACCCACACUACAUGCUGCUAGAACAUACUGACUGGGGUGAGCUAAAGAAGUUCCUGAUCGCGACCCGCUCCCCCGAGGAGAACGCGGAGUACGUGUCGCGCGUGGGGGCGGAGCACGCGCCGCCUGCGCCCGCGCGCCGCGCCGCGCCCCUCGCGCCGCAGCACCGCGCGCUGCUGGGCGCGCAGCUCGCCGCCGCCGCCGCCAAGUGCGCGCUGCACCGCUUCACGCACAGAGAUAUCGCCGCCCGUAACUGUCUGAUCACCUCCAAGCUGCAACUGAAGCUAUCAUACCCAGCGCUCACCCGCGGACCAGACUCCCACGAGUACUACAAACUACAUGAACAGGUGAUUCCUCUCCGCUGGUUACCCGCGGAGGCUGUCCUGGAAGGAGACUACUCCACCAAGUCUGAUGUCUACAUGUUUGCUGUCACGGUUUGGGAGAUUUACACAAAAGGCGAGCUUCCAUUCGCUAAGUUGAACGACAACUCUGUAUUGGAGCGAGUAAAGAGCGGCUCCCUCGAGUGGACGAUCCCGGAUUCGAUGCCCGAGGCGUUAGGGGAGCUACUUAAACGUUGUUGGAGCAAGUCACCGUCCGACCGGCCUCAGUUCACAGAGAUCUAUGACGAACUAACCGUGAUACUACAAGACAUCACAUCCGAAUCCACUUCACAGAAAUCACAGGACAAAACUGAAGAAUAAAGGAAUAUUUGAAAAGGUUCGAUAGUUUAAUGUAGGUAUCUAGGUAUGUAUUUUUUUUUAAUUAAAGUUUCGCAAGACACUUGUACUGUAUGAUUUUAGUGGCCAAAUAACUAUUUUCAUUAUAAACUCAUAGAGACUGUUAAUUUUCUCUCAGUUUCAUUGAGACUGUUAAACUACUGCGCUUAAAUGUGCUGCUGUAUUCUUUGGAGACCGUUUAAAUGACCUUUAAACCACACCAACAAACCAGUGCUCAUAAAAUCUCGCAACAGAAAUGUAAGCACCAAUCUAGCCUUUAACUUAGACAAACUAUUAUCAUCUGUGUGAGUGUAACCAUUAUGUGUUUAAGGGCCGAUUUUUCAAUCGUCAGAUAACUUAUCUGAGGAAUAAAUAUGGCCGUUUGACAUAUUUCCCAUACAAAAGCUGUCAAAACGUCAAACUUAUUCGUCAGAUAAAAGUUAUCUGACGAUUGAAAAUUCGACCCUAAGUCAAUCAUGUUUGUAAAUAGGGUUGCCAGGCGUCUGAAUAGAAAAGGAUAUAGUUAGGCUUUUUGAUUAGUUGCAAACAUAACGGUUUCUAGUUUGUCUGAAUUUUGUUAUCUUACUGACACUGCCAGAAUUUAACAAGAUUUAUAGUAAUAAUAGAAAAGGAUGACUUUACCAACUAACUAGCUAUAUUCCCUACAUCAUAGCAUACGUGGCCGGCUUUAAGGAUUGGCGAUCUGACAACCCUAUUUCUAAAUCUGGGCGACCAUAUAAUCAGGCGUGUUUGGUACUAAAGUCAUCUGGUAUUGGGACUUGCGUCGUGCAUAUGAAAACAUGCACAAUUGACUGUAAUAAUUUCAUUAUAAGGCCAGAAAGAACUAGUGUAUGUAAUAUAAACCAAUUGUAGACCGAAAGUGGUCCUGUUUGGGAAAUUGCAAUGAAAAUAGGUUUAAAAAAUAGUCUGUAAGUAUGUAUGUUAGUGUUAAUAUAAGUAUACAAUGGUGGCACUGAAUUCUUAGAAUUAUAAAUAAAACAACUAUGCAGUAAUACAGCAGAUUUUUUGUAAAAUUUGUUAUUACACAUUUUAACAUCAAGUUACAAAUUGCUGCCAAUAAUUGCACUUAUGUCUAAUUUUGACAGCCCUACCAAAGAGUUACAUUUUAAUUUUCUGCAUUUGUAUUAAUCUGCCAGAAAAGGUUUUGGAGAAGUUGCUUUUUGCAUAGUUCUAUCUCCCUUUAACUGAUGUCUUGAAAAAAUUUAAUACUAGAUGGAGUACUUCAAUUGUACUGAUCAAGGAGCUUGAAUCCUUGUAUCCUAUCAGUUGUCUAGUACUCAUAAAACAAGCUUUGCGUAGUUUGAAACUAGAUGGCGUUGUGUGAAAGUUGUGGAAUAUAAUUAUUAUAUUUUGCAAUUCGAAAAGCGACUUAAUUCGUUUCGCAAAAAGUAUUUCAAUCUGUGAACUAGAAAAAUGUAUUAAAAUGACAAGGAUUUAUUUAACAGUGCUUUAGUUUUUAAAUACUUAUUUAGUUGUGUAGUGUUCAGUGUCGCCUUUAAGUAGCCAUUUUGAAGUAUUUACUAUUUUAGUCGUAAUUUAGUGUAAGUUAGAUUAAUUAGUUGUAAUUUGUUUUAUGAGGAGACAGUGUGAAUUUCGAUUGUUUUUGAUGUAAUUAAGGUCUGGGCAACAAUUUUUACUGAAACCAUAAUAUCGUGGAAAUUAAAAUAGACUUCUUAACGAAAAAUUAACUGUGAUUCUUUUGUGAUCUAAAAGAAAAGUUUUAGAUUUUUUUUAGUAAAUUACUCAAUUUAAGUUUAAAAUCAAAACACGCACAAGUAAAAUUAUUAGAUACUAAAUUAAUCAUUUGCAUCUAAAAUUACAUUGUCUUUUAAUAAAACAUCAGCCCAAGGGCUCGAAAUAUCGCAAGCUAAAUGAUACUGCCAAUUGUAAAUAGAUUUAGACGUAUAGACUGAAAUAUUAAUAUUUAAGCCAUUUUAUUAUAACUAUUAAAAAAAAACAUAUUUUAAUCGUCCGAAAUUAAUAUAAUUCGUCCUGAUUGAAUCGAAAUCUUAUAUUUAAGUAAAGCGUUAGAUUGGAUGGGGAUUUUACUGUUCUAUAAACAAUUGAACAGUUAUUUAAUAAUUACAAACCAACUUACUGCUGUAAAGUAUCAAAAGGCCUAUAGCGACUGUAUAAAGUGGGACUUUCACUUGUGGAAGCAGGACAGCGCUUUACUGCUGUAGAGCGACGUCCGACUUCCACGUCUGCUGCUAUCUUAAUCCUGGUUAUGAACUAUCUGUGUACCAAGUUUCGUAUCAAUCCGUUCAGUGGUUUUUGCGUGAAAGAGGAACAAACAUCCAUACAUACAAAGUUUCGCGUUUGUAGUAUUAAUAGGAUUAAAAAAUCCCCUAAUAUAAUAACGCUCUUAGAUUAUUAGAAAAAAAACUUCAAAUAAUGAAGACUUUAGAAUUAAGAUUUGAAUAGGGAAAAUCCCAAUAAACAUCUGUAUUUAAAAUAAUUGUAUAAUCGGAAAAACUUGCUAUUUUUAAUUAAUCUUGUACAUUCUAGUGAAGUGACCAGAUGUUGCAUUUAUAGGUUAAGGUAAGGUAACAACUCAUGCUAUUAAAAUCUCAAUUUAGUUUAAGUUUUCUGAAUAAAAGACUGUUUUUUUAUAAGAGUCUCAAAUUACAGAGUUGAUUUUUGCAAAUGCAAUUAAUUUAAGUUGUUUUAAGUUUUAAAUGUAAGAAGUUAAUCUAGCUUUGCCCAACAUUGUGGAUAAUAAAAACUAUACAAUGAUAAGGUCUUAAUGUUUUGAAGAAAAUACAUUUUUUUAUCCGGAAAUUCGUUGGUUAUAUUCUGGACAGUUAACUUCAAUGCAAGCUAAAAUGAUUUUCAAAGAUUCUGAUACUGCAAAGUAAUACAAUGGUUGCAAAUACCGCCUAAUUUAAGCACCGUUCUUUUGUUAAUACAUAAUGGAAGGGUAAUUCUAAACACAAUUUUAAGUGGCAUGCUGUCAAAAAGUAUAGGAGUGACGGAUAGACAUGUAAGAUCGUCCUGAGUACGGGGCACCGAGACAUUCAAACAUUACGUUACGUUAACCAGUAUAUAAAGAGCCACCAAACCAGCGUAGAAUGUAUCGCAUAACAAUUGGCAAAUAAGAUGCUAACACAUAAAUGUUUGACAAACUUACAUCAACGAUCAAAUAUUGAAUCUUGUUUGUAUGUCUCGGGGUCCUUUUAAUAAUUAUUAUUUGUGAAAUAUUUAGCCUUUGUAACUUUUGAUAACCUAAAAAUAGUGACAGUUAAAAACUGUAGUAGAUUUUGUAAUGCUUAGUGCCAGAUAUAGAUUUAUUAUAAUUAUUUAUUAGGUAUAAUUAAUUAAUUACUUUAGUAACAUCUAAUAUUCGUUAGAUCUCUUUUAAUCUUUGAAUAGGUUUUGUAUAGUCGAUUGUAGAUCUCUAUUAUUUGGUGUAGUUAUAAACAUUUAGAUAUUUCAUGAGUUUGCUUUUUUAGAACCUUCGGCAAUUGCUAACAGUGAGGAACUAAUAUUUACUGACAAGAGACGUCGACAAAAUGGCGCCCAAGAGUGUUAGCAACUGUCAAAGAUUUUUUUUUUUAGUGUUGUCUCUUUUGGAUGUAUUAAGAGUGAUAAAGACACUGUAUUUUAGCCUAAAUGAAAAGAUGGUGUAAAAUUGGAAUUAAAUUUAGGGAUAUAUAAAGUCUUUUGUUCACGAGGCAAGGCGGGUCUUUACAACCUGUCAAUUUUAGUAUGUGUGUGUGCCAUACAAACAUGUAUAUUUGUAUUUCCACGCAUCAGAGGCUUGAAGUUUUUGGGGACAGACCUGCGUUUCCUCGUGUGCGAUUAGUCUUACAAUAAAAAUGAUGAACGAGGCCUAUCGCGAUGUUGUGUAUUCAAUGUAAUUAAAAUUGUAAUUGAUGGUUAUUUUAAAAUACUUUUAUGUAAAGAAUAUGAGUCGGAUAAUCUUCGUCAUUUGUGUAUAGGUUUUUUCAAGCAUCUUAGAAUAUAAAGCAUUUUUAGUUUUUAAUUAUUUUAUUGCUUUAAUUUGUAACUUAUUAUCCUGUAGUUAUGUUUUUGAAUAAAGUGAAGACCUGCGUUCGCUCCUUUGUUUGCUUUACAGUUUUCCCGGACUUGUCAGAGCCAUUUUUUAAACUGUCUAUGUAAAAGUUUAUACCCGGUCACGGGUGACCGACCGAUAAGCAAUAAACAUUUUCAAUGCUGGGCAUUCAAUGUGAAUAUGACCGAGCUGUUUCCUAAGUCUUCGAACUAUUCAAGAACGUAAGUUUUUUUUUCGACUAGAUUUGUAGACAAAAUCUAGACAUCCAGACAUUUUUUAGUCGAACUAAGUUUUUAAACCUAUUUAUAGAAACCUUGUGUAGUCACUAUUUAUCAUCAGUAGCUUAUUUUUAUAUACAUAUGUGAUAUUGACUGACUUUUUAUGUUUUUUUUAUACAAAUCCUAGCUUUAUUGUACUUUUAAUAUGAUAUAGGACUUGCGUCUGUCGAAUGGAUUAAUUUUUAUCGAUUAAAGACAGGAAAUUAAUCGAUUACUACAGAUUUUUGUGUACUUUGUAAAUGAACGAACUUUUGCAUUUGCGGUUUUUAAUAAACGUAAUUAUAACUCGA